AUGGAAUGUCAGCCAAGCGAUAGUAAAAAAUUAUUUAAAGUUUUUGAUGCAUCAAAACGUAAACGCACGAGGAAAAAACGUGACGGAGAUGAUAGUAACUCGAUGGCUACAGAUGAUUCUACGGGCGGCUGUCAAGGUAAUGGGCGUAGGGUUAGCUCUGCUAAAACGAGUCUUCAGGAUAUCUCUGCGGUUCAAGGUGUUGAAGGGAAGCAAGAGAAUGUUAAUAAAAGGGAAAGAGACAGUAGCCCGUCUAUGACUCGGUCGCCAGUUGAAGUACAUCGACCGCGGUCUCCGCGUCGCCAUCGACGUAUUGCAAGAGAAGGUAUAUCUUUGGCUCUAAAAGCUGGUCUGGUGUCGACGCCUCGAUCUAUAUCGCCUAAUCCUCAGGAAGGAGAAGAUGCUAUUGGCUCUGUUCCUAAAGAUCAAGAUUCAUUUAUUUACGCUUUCUUGGAAGAAGCUAUAAAACGGGAUAAGAAAAAGCAUCGUCACACCAAAAGACACGAAGAACGUGACGUAUCCCAAAUAAGGGAGCGUCAGCACCACCAUAGGCGUCAUCGGGACAACGAGACUAGAGAUCGUGAUAAAUUAAAUAAAUAUGAAGCUCCUAAAAUUGAUCAAGCAACACUAUUUGAAACUUUUGCAAAAUUGUGUGCCCAGAUGAAUCAAAAAUCUCCGCUCUAUGCAAACGCCAAUGAUGUACCGCGAUCUCAAAGUCAUAAAUCCUUACAAUGUGAAGUUGUAUCUAGACGGGAAUCUUUUGAAGCUGAUCAAAGACCUAUUCAACUUCGCAGUCGAGAUCUCUCCAGAGACAAUAUGUCACCGUCCAGGAUGCGCAGCCACGAUCAUUUUAAUAAUCGAAUUAGAAGUCAUGAUAAUAUAGCUGUUACAAAUAACAAUAGAAAUGAAAAAUGUGGUUGUUGCGAGCCCUAUGAUAAGCAACAACCAAAAUAUUCUAGUAAAACUAAUGUAGCGCCGGGAAAAUACUACGAUGAUGAUAGAUAUCAUGACUGCCCGCCGCAAACUACCCCCACCAGAAGUUGCCUUAACGGACAUUACAAAACUCGCGCACCAGAUCGGAGAGAUAUAAGGGAUUACGACGACCAACGACGAAAAUAUGACGAAAGACGAAGACUGUGUGAACAGAAAGCUAGCAGAAGUUUUGAAAUACAUAGAGAUGGUUACGUAGAAGAUGAGAGGAGUUAUCGCAGAACAGCUAGAAGCGACGGCGUUAAAGAUAAACGUUAUGAUGAAAGAGAUUAUAAAGAUAGAAAAUAUGAGGAUCGAGGUAGAGACAAGUAUUACGAAGAAAAAGAAAAAAAUUAUGCUUCAUUACCAGCUAAAGAUCGUCGAUCGAGACGUAAUUUGGAAAGAUUUGAGAAUAUGUCUAUAGCGUCAAGAGAUGAUAACUACAGAGAUAGAGAUCGUGAUAGAGACAGGUAUUCCGAAAGAGAAAGAGAUUCUGGGUUAAGUGUAGCCGAUGGUGAGACCAGUACUGUUAGUGGAAGAAGUAAUUAUUUACGUGUUGUUAAACAAGAAAUCUCAGAACAACGAGAGGCUAUGGACAAAAUGAUGAAAUUAUGGAAAGAAUUGAUGCGUUGUUUCAAAGGAGUUUCGCAAGUUCAAGGCACAGAUAAAACCAAUGAAACAGCAGCGAGUAUGCGCGACUCGGCCGCGGCUCAGUUGCGUCUGUGGCGCGAGUGUAUGCGUCGCUAUGAGACGGUCGCGAGGGACGUGGGCGACACCGACGCCAGGCUUAUGGAAGAAAUAAAUAAACAGCGCUCGGAAAUGACUGAAAUGGCUAAUAUGUGGCAGGAGUGUUUACAGCGAUACAGAGAUAUGAGCAACGACUUUAACAACUUAAAGCAACAGUUGGCGACAUCAGAAAGUCCAACACGUAUGGCGGCGCCGCCGCUUGUGUGCGCAGAGGGCGAAGGACCGCCCGCCGCCCCGCAUUAUCGAAUGCCAUAUAAUUAUCCACCUAUGCCACCAAUUCCACCUGGAUACCCAGGGGGUUCCCCCUUAAGGUCUCGGGUCUCGGCACCACCAGCGUGGUGGUGGACGGGCGAAGGUCAGCCAGAGUCCCCUAGGCGGAGAUCUUCACCGGAUUCACGAGGAUCCAGGGAUAGACGGCAUCGGCACAAGGAUAGAGAUCGUGACGAUUCGAGAUAUAAAGAGAAAUCUAAGCCCAGUGGUGCCCGCUCGGAACACAGACACAGAAAACGA